ACUGUAACACCAAUAAAAUAUCCCACCGUGAAGCCUGGACAAUCUACAACCACUUCACCACACCGUCGCAAAAUGUCCACAACCACAACGACGACGACAAUGGAGCACUCGCCGCUGAUAAAGCAGCUGGCGGCCAACGACCGGCCCACCCGCGACAAAGCCGUCGACGCCCUCAAAACCUACCUCUCGAGUUCGACACGAGUAUUCACGUACCACGAGAUGCUACAGCUAUGGCGGGGUCUCUUCUUCUGCUACUGGCACUCCGACCGCCCUUUGACUCAGCAAGCACUGGCCACAGUGCUAUCAUCGUUCCCCGCGUCCAUGUCGGCACAGAACGCACCAACAUUCCUCCGCGCAUUCUGGUCGACUAUGGUAAAGCAGUACCCGCUGCUCGACGCCCUGCGCGCUGAUAAGUUCCUGCUGCUGAUGCGACGGUUUGUCGCCGCCGGGUUUCGCGUUGCGCUGGAGGACGCGGUCGCCGUGCUCGAGCGCACCGUGCUGGGCGUUAGUGGUGGCGUGCGUAUGCAGGUUGCCGAUGUGUGGUGGGAUGAGGCGGAGAGGGUUUGGGGUAAGGAGGAGGUUGGGGAGGCGGAGGGGAGGAUACAGACGUUGGUUGCCCCGUGGGAGAAAGCGUCGCGCGGAGGAACGGAUAAGCGCUGGAGGAAGACGGCGAGGGAGCUGCUGGGCGAUGAGAGAGCGGCACGGUGGGGGUAUGAUGGGGAGUGGGCGGCGAAGAAACCAGAGGAGAAUGGAGAGGAUGGGCAGGAGGAGGAGGCGUGGGGUGGCAUUGAUGGGUAGCCAUGGGGACGAGGAGGUGGUGUACGAUAAUCCGUGGGUUUGUUUUUCUCAAAAGUUCAGCGACCAAUGGCGUCUUUACUUCCGUUGAUACAUACAAUUUUCUUUUUUGCAAGAGUGGGGUGUGUGUGAAUGCAAAGUACGUACAUAAAAAUAUGU